AUGGUCAGCAGUAACAAUCCAUUCAUAGUUGUGCUUCUUUAUCUGAAUUGUCGUAUGAGAAAUGGCGACAAAGGGGUGACAUUUGAGUCUCAGGAUCUGAUAUUGUUUCGCACUCAGCGUGUGAAGACGUUGUCAGAUUUGAAGAAUUUGAUAUUGAGCAACCUUGGUGGGAUAGAAAGGAGGAAAAUCGGAAGGGUGGCGUAUAGGUUGCUGGCACCCAUGGAAAAUAGAGUCUUCCGGUUUCGAAUAUCCAGACUUCACGAGGACGAGCAUGUGCGACUGAUGUUCGACAUUCAUGGGAGGAUCAUGUCUGAACAAGUAAUGGAGCUGUCCACCGAGGUGGGUCACGGUGGUAGUGGGGGUUCCGCACAAGAAACCUAUGUGCAGGACGACCGACCUCUCGCACCACCGUCCAUUCAUGUUGCGAUUUCGGAGCAUGAGGCAGAGGAGGGUGAGGAGGAGUCGGACAAGAAUUAUAUAGCGGACAGUGGAGACAGUGAGUCUUCCGAUGGUGGCGAUGAAGAUGAGUUUGUGCCGGAGACACCUGCAGGGGCUGUGCCGUGCCAUGUGCUACCUCCACCUCACCCGAUUCCGACGCUAUUGGUUGUGCCAAGUCACUAUCACAGUCUAGAUCUGGACGCCAUACAUGAGAGGGUCCCGGUUUCUGACACCUGUGGAGUGGAUUACAACCUAGACAGUGGUGUGGAGUUUCAGGUCAGUCACAGGUUCAGAAGGCGAGAGGUAGUGCUUCAAGGUGUGAAGAACUACAGUAUUCGUAGGAGUGCUGAGUAUCAGGUGACCGAGUUCGACCGGUUAAAGUACCAUGUGCAGUGCCAUCAAGCCGACAGUGGGUGUCAAUGGAGCCUCCGUGUGGCCCUUCGUCAGAAUCUCGGAUACUGGGAGGUUCGGAGGUUUGGUGGACCACACAACUGUCUGACACCCACCAUGUCUCAAGACCAUCGUCAAUCAGAUAGCAGUCUCAUCUGCAGAGUUAUGUUGUCAUUGAUUCAAUCCAACCCAUCUCUGAGUAUCCCGGUCUUGCAAGAGGCCUUCAAGCAUUGCAAGCCAUUUGUCUCUGUAGACGGCACACAUCUCUAUGGCAAGUAUGGUGGAGUGUUGCUUAUAGCGGUGGCGCAAGACGAAAAUAGCAAUAUACUGCCAAUUGCUUUUGCCAUUGUUGAGUCUAAGAGCACUGAGAACAUACGACAUCAACAACGGAGUGCAGCCAGUGAUAGCCCUACUGGGCCACCAAAGAAAGGGACUGAUAUGUCCAGGCCAGCACAGCCGAGUCCCAGAAAAAUGCUCUGCACUCCGCAAAGUCACGGAGCAAUGGUAGCCAACGAAGGUGCACCAAAUUGUUGGAAUUGUCAGUCAUCAGAUACCCUCCGAUCAGUAACAUGA